AUGGCAAUUGCAAUGGAAAAAUGUGUGUCGAAGUGGUCUGAUGUUGAAUACGUGCCAGAAAGUCACAUUUGCCCAAUUGAAGCCAGACCAGGAAAUGAUCCAAUCCCAACAUGUAACAAAAUCCCAAUUAUCGAUCUCCAAAGCCCUCAGGCACUUCACCAAAUCAUCCAGGCCAGCCAAGAAUAUGGAAUUUUUCUGGUGACCAAUCACGGCGUGUCCGAGGAUGUAAUAGAAGAGACAGUGAAGGUGUUGGAGGAGCUCUUCAGCCUCCCGCCGGAGGACUUAACGAAGGACGCGAAAGCCAACAGUUGGGUCUACGUCGACAGCAACAAAUUUGUAGCUGCCGGGACUCAUCUAUGGCGCGACAACAUUAAACAUUUGUGCUAUCCUUUAGAGGAUUCCAUGCCACAUUGGCCUCAACAACCCAUUCGCUACAGAGAAGUUAUGGCGAAAUAUAUAAUGGGAAUAGAGAGGGUGAGUUUGAGGAUACUAGAGAUUAUCUCUGAAGGAUUGGGGUUAGAAAAGGACCACCUAGUAAGUAUGAGCGAAACAAAAUUCUUGUCAGCGAAUAACUGCCCGCCGUGCCCCAACCCGAGCAUAGCCUUGGGAGUGCCCAAGCAUCUUGAUCACAACCUCAUAACAAUUUUGUACCAAGGGAAUGUCGAAGGGCUUCAGAUCUUGAAAGAUGGCGAGUGGUUUGGCGUUGAAGCUCCACAGAAUACCUUUGCCGUCAAUAUCGGCACCCAACUCCAGAUUAUCAGCAAUGGGAAGCUAAAAAGUCCGGAGCAUAGGGUAGUGCCAAAUUUGAAUCAAAAAAGGAUUUCUAUUGCAACCUUCGUUAAUCCAAAGCCAGAAAGUGUGAUCGAACCGGCAAAAAUAUUAGUGAAUGAAGACAGUCCUGCUCAAUAUUCUGCGACAACCUUCAAGGACUUUGUCGAGAAAACCAAUGCUUACGGCCCUUUCACUAAUGCGCUUCAAACUGUCGGGAAAGAUUGA